AUGCCUCCAAAGAAGAGGGCCAGGCGCUCAUACGAAGUCUCCGAGGCUACUCGACGAAGUGAGAGAUCUACACGAGGCCAAGGUGGACAUGCAGACCAGUUGAAAAAAACUGGAGAAACCUUAGCGGCCCCAGCGAGGAAAGGUCGGAAGCAGACCACUCUUGACAUUAGUGAUGCAGAAGAAAACCCCAUGGCUCCUUCCCAGCUCCGGAAACCAAAGAAAAAUGCUACUACUAAAAGGUCUCUGACUGGGAGCACCAAUCCUACUCAGCGUUCCAUUGGUAUCAACAAGAAUGUCUAUUCAGGACGUCAGCAACCUACUUCAGGAUGCCAACAUUCUGGCGCAUCUCUCCAAACAGCCCCAAGCGCAGCUCAGUCUUCAGGUAGGUUUGGGUUUCGGCAGCCUACUUCGACUAGCAGUCAGAACAUCCGGAAGCCACCACGGUCCAAUGAGCGUACCCGUGAGGAGGAGGCUGGAAAUCAAGCUCCAGAGCAUGAUAUCGGUGACGAUGACCAGGACCAGGACCAAACUGACGGGGAAAAUGAGGAAAGGGACAGGGUUCAGGACCAGGAGCAAAUGCUCAAAACAGGCGAUACCAUGGACUUCGGACAACACGAAGACGAUUUGGAUGGCGAGUACGAAGGUGAAGCUCAGGAAGAUUUUAAUCGUUGCGAUUUCAACCAUGAGCCCGACGCUGUGGACGAUUUUCUGAAUCAAGGUAUUGAUAGGGAUCUUGACGACGAGAUUGACACUCAGAUGGACAAGCCUGAUGCUCAGGACAAUGCUAUUGAUGAUGAUUUCAACAAUGAGCUCGACAACGCGGCCAGAGACAAAACAGAGGAAAGUGAAGCUUUUGAUGUUCUCGAGCGUCAUCAAAUGAAGAAUGGAUGGCGCAAGGCUCCUUCCUUAACUUAUCUAUCGAAGGCGAAACAUACUGAACGCAGACAUGCUUCUAGCCACUCGAAGUCUCCUCGUCGACCGUCACCUCAACGUGUGGUGUCUACUGGGUCUUCUGCUCUAGCGCGACCUCCUAAAUACACACAUCUCAGCGUGUCCCGUCUACGUGCCCUUCUUCCUCCCGCAUGCACUCUCGCCAUUCUACACGCUCAAGGUCUCCAUAUCGGCAUUCAGUGUCGCCUCAUAGACACACAUCUCAGCAUGUCCUGUCUACGCGCCCUUCUUCCUCCCGCGUGCACUCUCAUCAUUCUACACGCUCAAGGUCUCCAUAUCGACGUUCGGCGUCACCUCAUACACACGUAUCCCAGCGUCCCUCCCGCAUGCAGUCUCCUCAUCGGCGUUCUCCAUCUAGGCGAAGCACUUCCCCCAGUCGUGCUCACAUAUUACAGUGACCUAUCUCCAUAUAAUACAAGGGAACGGACAUGCAUAAUAUCCCGUAUGAUACGGGCCAGCGGACCAUGGGCCCAUGAUAAAAAUAUCCUUAACUAUGACGGAUGGGCCGGGAGGCAAAUUAUUCCCGAUGGAGGCGGGUGGGCCCAUGCAGGGAAUAUAUAG